GAUGGCAGCUGGAACCACCAGAAUGGAGGUGCAGGAUUUAGCUGCUGGUUUGAUCGAAAAUUAUAUGAAAGCUGAAUUGGAAGAUGAGCGAACUCAAAAGAUUAACAACAUUAAUAAAGCGAUCAUUGCAAAUGAUCUUAGUCUGGUUGAUAUUGUGGAAAAGUUGGGACCAUAUCUAACAAACCCUGAUGCUGGUGAAAGAUGUAAAGGAACAGAAUUAUUACAAUUCAUAUUACAUAGGUUGCUGUCUUUUAAACUGAACGAAAAGGAAGUCGCCGUCUUGGUUGAGUUCUUCUGUGUUCGCAUGAAAGAUCACUUCUCAAUCAUACCACAUGUUGUGUCCGGACUACUGGCGUUGGUCAGUUAUCAAGAAUUACCAGAAGAUUUAACAAUUAAAAUUGUGAAAGAAAUAGGGACGGGAAUCCGUAUUCAGUCACUACUACAAGCAGACCGACACAACGUUUUCACUUUGUUUUCUGUGCUAUUGAACAAAAAAAUGGCUGAACUCCAAAAACUUGGUGGAGAUUUUGUCUUUUGUUUCAUUCAGAGCAUGGAUGGAGAGAAGGACCCCAGAAAUUUGCUGCUUUGUUUUAAUCUUGUGCAAGUCAUUGUAAAGAACUUCCCAAUCACUCUUUUUGCAGAAGAUUUAUUUGAAGUUACCUCUUGCUAUUUUCCAAUUGAUUUUACGCCUCCACCAAAUGAUCCAAGUGCAAUCUCACGAGAGCAACUUAUCUUAGCUCUCCGUAAUUGUCUUGCUUCUACAUCAGUAUUUGCACCAUUUUGUCUUCCACUUUUGGUUGAAAAAUUAUCCUCAGAUGUUAUUUAUGCUAAAAGAGAUGCCUUGUUGACUCUUGCAACAUGUGCAAAUGCUUAUGACUCAAGAUUCAUAUUUGAAUACAGUAAUACAUUGUGGGAUCACAUCAAAAAAGAGAUCUUCGCAUCUUCUGACCACUCAAUUGAGAUGGCCUGUAUUGAAGCAAUCAAAAGUGUUGUCAGAAAUUUGUCUACCGCAGAAGAGCAAAAUCAAAAUGGAGCUUUGAAGGAAAUUCUAACAACUCUCCUUAAUGAUUGCAAAAGUCAUUUACUGCAACCUGAUCAUAAGCUGAUGAGAACAUCAGCCAGUUUAUUGCAAAAUGUUUCAAUGGCUUCUGAUAUGUCAUGUGCUGAAAUUACUGAUAAAGUCUUUCCAAUUCUCCUAAAACAGUUUGAAUGUGAAAAGCAGAUAAACAAUCAAAAAGCAAUCUUGGACGCUUUGCUUGGCUUUCUCCAGGUUGCAAAGGAUUUCCAAGGCAGAGAUUCUGCGAGAAUUUUGGAGAAUUACAAGGAAUCUCUUCUGGCCUUUCAUGCUCUGUGA